AUGCAUGAUAACAAUGAGCUCCACCACGCGCGGGCCCUUAUUGAAGAGCUCAAAGAUGAGAAGUACCGCUUGGAGAGUCAGCUCCAAGCCGCUGGGUUAAGGGAGAACCGGUUUUUGUCAGAGAAAAACAAAGCUGAGGACGACUUGAAGAGGGUGACUGCCCACCUUGCUGAGGAGCGGCUCAUAUGGGCUCGCGAUAUAGCAGAGAAGGACCGGGUCCUUGCUCACGCUAAAAGCGUGCAGGAGGAGUUGGAGCGUAAAGCUAUUACUGAGGCCCAGAAGGUGAGAUCUGAAAUGUCUGCGCAAGUGGAAAAAUUCCGAAUUGACACUGACUUUGUGUCUCAGGUGCAGGAGCGCUAUCAAGCUUUGACCGUUGAGGUGGAAGCUUCAAAUGCUAAAGCCCGGGCGAAACAGACGGAAUUGGAGGAACGGGAGGGGCAGCUUAGGGAACUUCAGCAUCGUUGUGAUUCCCUUCUUUCUGAAAGAAAUGCACUUGCCCAAUCCUCCGCCGCGCGCCUGAAGGAGGUGGAAAGUGCCUUGGAGGGGUGA